AUGAACUACGACUCCAAAAGUCAGAACUCCGUCAGCUUUUGCCUCUCGAAAGAUCUAAAACUGCCGAUCAGAUUUCGAAUAAAUGGGCUCAACGACUACACCCAAAGGAUUGCGCAAUCUCUCUCCCUUGAUAAGCAGAGUGCCACUUCACGAAUAAUACAGGCCAAGCUUAAGGACCAGCCAAUUAGUGAGAUUUACGUUUAUGUCUAUGUAGAAUCUUCCGGGAAGCAGCUUACUGUCCCCGUCCUGACCAGCGUGGCUUAUUCAAACGGGAAUUCCAAAAAUUCGUCACGUGGAAACUGGAUCCAUCUGCCAAUAGAUUAUUCACAGCUACCUCUUGACGCCGUUCUUGUUUUAUCCCUUUUCAAUUACAAGCUGAAAACGGGUUCAGAAAACCGAUUGGGAGAGUCCAGAUUGCACUUGUUCAACCAGGAAAACUGCACGCUUAUGAAAGGCUAUCAGAGGCUGAAAGUGGAUUUUGCAGACGGGAAAACUGAGCUUGAUCAACAGAAGCAGAGCCAAAUGCAAAUACUGGAGGCCAAGCUUAAACAGAGGGAACAUGGUGAAGCUGGUGCUGCUGAGUGGCUCGAUCAAUUAACAUCUCGCAGAAUGGAGCAGAUAAAUGCCAAAGAAGCCGCUAAACUCAAACAACAGCUAUUGAUAACCAAAAGGACGGGGGAUGUGCACAUCAACUUGGAGCUGGCUCAGUUUGAGAUCCCAAUCGUAUACUCUGAUGUUAAAUAUGCCACUUUGAACAUCACUACCUCUGAAUCGCACGUCAUGAAUGCAGUGGCCAGAAACAGUGUCAGCAAUAGAGAUCAGUUGUUUAACGAGAUACAGUUCAGCAACCUUGAGGACCUAGAAAAACAGAAAAGACCAACCAUUUUUGAUCCGGACCAGUACAGAUCGGAGAUCAUCGAGGAACCUAUCGAAAGCAAAUUCAGAAGAUUGGAGAGAACUCACCAAUCCUCGUCACUAGAUAAAGACAUCAAGCCUACACUGAAGUUGAGGGCUGAGCUUACCAAGAUUUUGCACAAACAGUUUUUUGAAAAGCUCAGCCAGAAGGAAAAGAACAUGAUAUGGAAGUACAGGUUUUUCUUGUUGAACAAUCUGAUCCUAAACAAAAAUAACACUGAAUUUAACAAUUUUGUGAUCAACUUUAUCAAGUGUAUUGAUUGGGAUGAUGAUUUUGAGGUUAAUGAGUUCCUGGUGAUCAUAAACAACUUGAACACCGACCCGUAUUCUAAUGUGUUUAUCCGAAAGAUGGAGAUUGUCGAUUGUCUUGAGCUGCUCAGUGCAAAUUACAAGAAUUACAUUGUCAGGAACAUGGCGCUGGAACGUCUUAGACUGGCUUCUAAUGAUGACUUGGAAAUGUAUAUGGUUCAACUGGUUCAGUGUAUUAGAAAUGAAGCAAAUUACUUGAGCCCGAGGACAGAUAUUGAUGAUGAUGGUGAAGGAGACAACAACUCCGAAGAGAAUUCUGAGUUCUUGGACUUUGAAGACUCAACAUACACUACCAAUUCCAGCGAGUUUCAAGUCAUAAACACCGAAGAAGAAGACCCAGUAAUCAAGCUGCUCAACAAUCCUAACAUAACGAACCCGGAAAAAAAGAUAAUCGAGAAACUGCCAAGGUUGCAAUCACCUCUGGCCAAUUUUUUGAUUGAACGCUCAGUCAACAGUGAAAGACUGUCCAAUUUCUUCUACUGGAACCUCAAGGUUGAAGUGGAUGACGAGCGAGAAAGAUAUAGAUUUGCACCAGGAAAUAACAGAGCAGCUAACGCAGUCGAACAAGCAGAGUAUGCUCCUGACCAAGCUGCGCGUGGGUCACAAGUUCCAGCAACUCACGUCAAGCAUAUAUUUCUUCGAACGCUGCUUCAUUUCGUUGCUAAGUUGGGAGUGAGCAAAAAUGGCUCAGACAAAAUAUGGACUCUUAGAAACCAGGUGGAGCUUAUAGGAAGAUUGCAUUCAAUUUCAAAAACAAUCAAAGUCGAUUUUAAGAAGGAUCCUACGCAGAAAAAAAUUGAGGCACUUAAGACUCUUCUGGCUCAAAAGUUCAAGGCGACAAAGCUCAAGUCGUCUAAAAAAUCCAUAUCAGAGUACGAAUCGCUUUUGGAUUUUGGGCCUGUCCAGCUUCCUUUGGAUCCAAGUAUUUAUGUGAUAGGAACCAUUCCUGAGGAGUCAAGUGUCUUCAAGAGCAGCUUGAAUCCUUUAAAAAUCGUGUUCAAAACUAUUGAAGGCCCUCCUUACCCUAUCAUGUAUAAGAUAGGAGACGAUCUACGACAGGAUCAGUUUGUGAUUCAAAUCAUGACACUCGUGGAGCGAAUACUCUUAAAUGAGAAUUUAGACAUGAAGCUGAAACCUUAUAAGAUUAUGGCACUGGGAUCCAUCGAAGGACUUAUCCAGUUCAUUCCCAACUCUUCCUUGUCCUCCAUUCUACAAAAACACUUGACCAUUCUUACCUACUUGCAAACUUACAACCCUGACCCUGAGGCACCACUGGGUGUCAAACCUGAGGCCAUGGACAACUAUGUUAGAUCUUGUGCUGGCUACUGUGUUCUAACUUAUAUACUGGGUGUGGGCGACCGUCAUUUGGAGAACUUACUGCUGACCACUGAUGGCUACUUUUUCCAUGCUGAUUUUGGUUACAUUUUAGGGCAGGAUCCUAAACCAUUUCCGCCUCUUAUGAAGUUGCCAAUACAAAUCAUAGAAGGUAUGGGAGGACUUGGUAAUGAAAAUUACCAGAAGUUCUGCAACUAUUGUUUCAUCACAUACAUCACAUUACGCAAAAAUGCAUCUUUGAUUCUAAAUAUUUUCCAGCUGAUGAUCGAUUCAUCAAUCCCAGUUCUACGAACCUCAGGUAGCAACGGGAUCUCGAACGAGACCGAGAAGUUCGAGCUCAUUUGGAAGAUCCAGGAAAAAUUCAUGCUCGAAUUGAAUGACGAGGAAGCCGUACUGCAUUUCCAAAAUCUCAUCAACGACAGUGUGAAUGCGUUCCUGCCCGUUGUUAUCGACAGACUACACAGUCUCGCUCAGUAUUGGCGCGCUUGA